AUUCGGCGCCAGAGGCGCCGAAUUUUUUUAGAUAAGUCUACUUUAAUUCCGGAGGUCCGGUGUUCGAAUCCGGGUCCGGGCGGCCCCUUUUUUCCGUAUUUUCUUAGUAUAUUAUUAGUAUAUUCGGGCCUACCCUUAGAUUCUAGAUUUGAUUAA